AUGACCAAUUCCAAGAUGGCCUUGUGGAGUGUGAUUUGUGAAAUGUCUCCAGAGGUAUUCAGCGGCUGCAGUGAAGAGUUUCCUCAUAACCUGCGUUGCUUCCUCGGAGACUGGCUGGAGAACUACCCUUGGGAAUUCAUCACUGGGACAGACUCCUUCUGUGCCUUCAUGGCUGACAGCCUUCUUUCUGCCAUGGUGGAGAAACUGCAAGACUUGGCCAACAAAAACUGCCAACCCGGCAUAAUUCUUCAGCUCAUUGCUAACUUGGAGAAUACUUAUCGGAGGGAUCCGUUGCAGUUGGCAAGGACUGUGAAGCAGAUUCUAGAAGCGGAGCGGGUAGCUGUUAAGAACAAGUUUCAGUGCCUGCCCCUCAGCUUCCACCGCCAACAGGAGGAACUGAAGUUUGCAUUUGAUCUGAAGUGGCUGCAGUACAAGCUGCAAGAGAUCCGGGCGCUCCACGGGAGCCUGAAGGACGGCUCAAGAGUUUCUCUGCAGAUAAACGCAUCGGAUCCGCAAUUCUCAACACAAGCGGAUGUGAGUACUCUUCCUCUGCAGACCCUUUGUACGCUGUUCCCAGAAGUAGCCAAAGAGCUUGAAGCCUCAAAGACCCGGCUGCUGAAGAGGCUUGACAUCUGGAAGAGGCAGCAACAGCUGGCUGGGAAUGGAACUCCCUUUGACGAGGAUUUGGCUCCGCUGCAGAAGAGGUUUGAAAGCCUGGUGGAUGUUUGUUUCCAGCUCCGCCAGCAAGCCGUAGCAUCUGCCUCUCAUCUGGGCUCUGAACUUCAGUCUUGUCUUCAGGAACGCCUGGAGAAUGUCUUCAACGCCCUCAUCAAAAGUGCCUUCCUGGUGGACAAACAACCUCCCCAAGUACUGAAGACCCAAACCAAAUUCCAAGCCACCGUCCGUUUCCUGCUGGGCCCUCAGCUGUUCAAGCCUCCGCAGAUGAUGUCCUCUGUCAUGGCCAACAUUGUAACAGAGAAACAGGCACGGGAACUGGCUGCGGGGCGUCCUGACGCCAGCCUCAGUGAAAGCACAGGAGAAAUUGUGAACAACGUAGCCCCUCUGGAGACCACCACCACGAACAAUGCCUGCUGUGCUGUCUUCAAGAAUAUGCUUCUCAAGAAGAUCAAGCGCAGCGACCGCAAGAGCACGGAGUCCGUGACCGAAGAGAAGUGUGCCGUCCUCUUCAUUGCCAAAAUCAACCUUGGCUCCAACAAUACCACCUUCGUGCUGCAGGCUCUCUCUCUGCCCAUUGUGGUGAUUGUUCAUGGCAACCAAGACAAUAAUGCCAAGGCCACCAUCUUGUGGGACAAUGCCUUUGCUGCGAAAGAUCGGAUCCCCUUUGUGGUCAGGGAGCGCGUCCCCUGGGGGGACAUGUGUGAGACCCUCAACCAGAAGUUCAUGGCUGAAGUGCAGACCACGAAAGGCCUCCUCAAGCAGCACUACUUCUUCUUGGCCCAGAAGAUCUUCAAUGACAACAACGCCAGCUAUGAGGACUUCCAGAACCGCUGUGUUUCUUGGUCUCAGUUCAACAAGGAAAUCCUCCCUAGCAGGGGAUUUACCUUCUGGCAGUGGUUUGAAGGCGUCCUUGACCUCACCAAGAAGUAUCUGAAGGACUACUGGUCUGAUGGGCUCAUCGUGGGCUUUAUCAGCAAGCAAUAUGUUUCCAGUUGCCUGAGCAGUGCUCCAACGGGGACUUUCCUGCUCCGUUUCAGUGACUCCUUGAUCGGUGGCAUCAGCAUUGCUUACGUCAUCCGCUUGCCCAACGGUUCCUCUCAAGUAGAGAACAUCCAGCCAUUCACAGCAACGAACCUGUCCGUCCGUUCCCUUGCUGACUGCGUUCGGGAUCUGCAGGAGCUUCAGAUUCUGCAUCCUAACAUACCUAACAUACCUAACAUACCUAAAGUAGAUGCAUUCCGGAAGUACUUUAACGGUGAGCUGAAGGAGAAGACAGAGCUUUAUUCCCCCUAUAUCUGCUAUGGCUGCCUGUCCCCAGGAAUGCAGAAUUCAUUCGCUGGUCUUUGA